AUGGACUUCAUACCCCUUAACGGUUUUUCCCUUCAUUGUUGGGUAGCUGAAUUCUAUAUACCUGAGGUCCUUCUCGCCCUCAAGUACUUACAAAUGCUCGGCAUAGUCUGCCGAGACCUCAAGCCCAAAAGCAUCUAUCGUUUCGUGCACGGCUGGUUCAUUACUGGCCCGAGUUUAGUGUCGGACCGCUUGCUAGCAAUGCUGCGAGCAGAAACUAUAAUAAUUCGAUGUGAUUUAGAGAAGAAGAUGCCGAGGGAAUGGGAUGCCGAAGGAGGUGACGACGACGAUAAUGAUAAACGGCGUUCGUGUGGAGGUGGCGACGACGAUAACGAUGAUGGGCUUUUGUACGAAGGUGAUUCCGACUCCGACACAGACGAAGAUUUUACUACCAAGCAUAGGAUUGCCGAAGGAGUUAUCUUGGACAACGCUCCCAUAGCCCAAGAAGAAGAUGGUGAAAGGAAUUGCCUCAGUGUAAGCAGAUGCCACAAAGACGCUCACACGGCGAAGUUCACGGGAUUAGUCAUUUUCGAACUGUACAAGGUCAUAGUCAAAUUGAACAACAAAAUCCGCAGCACUCCCUUGGUGAACAGCCGAAUCUACGGUGAAAUCGUGCGACCGGCAUCGGAGUAUUGGGAUUACAAUCCAGUGCCCAUACAUUAUUACAGCGCGAGCUACUUGAAACCCGAUACCAUUGAUCUUGACAAUCGUGCCCUUCUUCCCCUGUCUGGUGCUGAACCCAGACCCCCUAUGUGUGAAGAAACUGGAGUAUAUAUGUAUUUUGCUUUCAAGAUCAAUGAUGAGGAUAUACUUUCUGGCGAAGAUAAUCAUCAUGAGAACCGCGACCUAUUUCCAGGUGAUGGGGUAUCUAAGUACUUUGAUUUAUAUCUUCCUGCAACUGAUGAAAGACACAUUGAUGAGUUUGGUCCCCGUAUCGGGAGGUCUGUGGUUGGAGAUCCCAACACCAGUCCUGUCUUAAUGAUGGCCUACCAUUGCAUGUAUCGUGGAGCAUGGGCUACUAUUGAUGUCAAGAUGUUGAAUGAAAGGGUUAAGGGUGUUUCUGGUUUGAUUGCUGCCCGGCCUUGUAUAUUUUACUCGAGGAUUCGUCUGCUAUCACUUAAACGAAGGGAUGAGGAUAAGACAGUGAUGAUUCAGAGAAGUGAGGAUGGUUGGGUGGGGAAUGGUGGAAGUAUUAAGCUUACAAGGUCGGUGGUAGCUGUUCCUUGCAAUUCCUCACUCAUUAUUGGGGCCGUGCUGUAUGACCGUCAACAAGGAGAUGGUGAGAACCUUAUUUGCAGUGGCAAGACCUUUUUCCCAGCUAUGGAAAUGGGGGAGGAAACCAAGAUAAUUUCCUAUAAUGGCGUCCCCACACUCGAAGUUACUGCCCGAUGGAAAUGCAGUGAAACAGUGUAAUGGACUUGAUCGACCGAGGCCCCGAUUUUUCCUUUUUGUUAUUGUUUGGAUUUGUUUACCUUAUUGUUAAUGUUUUUAUUGCUGCUUCUAAGUUGGGUGAUUGUUUCUUUUUAAUGUUGUUUUUUCUGCUUCUAAGUUAGGCUCAAUUUAAUACUGAUAACGGAAAGAAUGUGCAUAUUAUUACCUUGUGAGUGGGGGAUGGCAGCAGAUUUUCUAAAGUUAAUACAUCUAAAAAAUUAGCCACCUUGUUAUAAUGUAUUUUCUUGUGGAAUAUCGUACUUUUAUGCUGUUUCUCAUGGCAGUCUAGUCAUGAAGUGCCUGCAUGAACAGCGACGCAUAAUCU